AUGGAGAAUGGUUUUCUGUACCCAAAAAUGGGACACUCGAAGGCACAGGAAAAUAAUGGUCUGCGGAGAGUGAAUACAUUUACACAACGGGUAAGACCUAAUGGCCAGGGGACCAGAUUCGAGAAGUGUGUUACAAAAGCCAAAGGUUCUGUUGGGGCCUUUGUGGUGGCUGAAGAGGGAGCUGCACGCAGUGCGGGGUUAUUUGCCAACAGGAACGCGUGCACAAAAUUUGACAGUGCGAACGGCCGUCGUAGUGGUGUGGAUUUCUUGCCAAAUAUUCGACGUCUCACCAUCGAAUAUUUGGGCCAAAACUUGCUUCGAAUUUCCUGUGACCCUAUCGGUGUCCUUAUCGGUGUCCUUAUCGUGACGAUUUUUGGACGCGUGAUAGGACCCUGUUUCCCGGUGACUCAGUCCUUCUUAAGUUCCAGCGAGUCCCUUAUGUCCCGGGAAGUUCUGAUGGUUCGGAAGUCCCCCAAAAAGUCCUAGAAAGUUUUCAUAUAAUCCCAAAAUCCUCAUAAGUCUUCAAGUCGGAAAAUAAUCAACCACGGCCCAGUGAGUCCAAUGACGUCACCAAGUCCCAACAAAUCAGUACCAUUUAGUCUUACAAGUCCCACACGGUCUAACAUGUCCACAGUCCAGUCGGAAGAAGUCGCAGUAGAAGUCCCCCAGGCAGAAUCCCCAGCACGUCCUAACACGUCAAGUGUAGCCCAAGAGUCAAUCGAGUCCAAGAAAUCCCUAUCAAGUCCCAAACACGUCCCAAACAAGUCAAGUCGAGUCCCAAAGGAAAUCCCAUCAAGUCCCCAACACGUCCCAACAAGUCAAUCCAGUCCCAAAGAAAUCCCAUCAAGUCCCAACACGUCCCAAAAGUUCAAUCGAGCACCAAGAUACAAUCACAUCAAAAAGUCCCAAGAACGUCCCAACCAAGUCAAUAAGUCCCCAACAAGAAGCGACCCAUCAAUCCCCAACACGUCCCAACAAGUCAAGCGAGUCCCAAGAAAUCCCAUCAAGUCCCCAACACGUCCCAACAAGUCAAUCGAGUCCCAAGAAAUCCCAUCAAGUCCCCCAACACGUCCAACAAGUCAAUCGGCCAGAAGCCCACAAUCCCAAACACCAACUACAACCAAUCGAGUCCCAAGAAAUGAUCCCAUCAAGUCCCCAACACGUCCCAACAAUCAAGCGAGUCCAAGAAUCCCUCAGAGUCCCAAACGUCCCAACAAAGUCAAUCGGGAGUCCCAAGAAAUCCCAUCCAAGUCCCCAACACGUCCCAACAAGUCAAUCGAAGUCCCAAGACAAAUCCCAUCAAGUUCCCCAACAACGUCCCCAACAAGUCAAAGUGAGAUCCCAAGAGGAAAUCCCAUCAAGUCCCCAACACGUCCCAACAAGUCAAUCGAGUCCCAAGAAAUCCCAUCAAGUCUCCAACACGUCCCACAAGUCAAGGCGAGUCCCCAAGAAGAAAUCCCAUCAAGUCCCCAACACGUCCCAACAAGUCAAUCGAGUCCCAAGAAAUCCCAUCAAGUCCCCAACACGUCCCAACAAGUCAAUCCGUAA